AUGUUAAAUUUACAAUUAUUGUAUUUACUUAUUUUUUUUACAAGUUAUGCAUUAUCGUCAUCUUACAAAGAGAAUAAAAUUGUUCAGGAUUUAUUAUUAUAUCCACCGGAUUCAGCCAGACUAUAUACACACAUUAAUCGUGGAAGUUAUUUUGGUUAUUCUGUAGCAACAUACAUUGGACAGUCACAACCAUCAUGUUUAGUUGGCGCACCGAAAGCAAGUCAUGGUAGUAGUAGUAGUAAUAGUAUAAAUGAAUCAACUGGAGUUGUAUAUCGCCUUGAUAUGGAUCUUACAUUUCCAUUUUGUUCAGUUGUACCAAUUGCAACUACUGAUGAAUUAAGAAAAGAAGUCGGUACACCAACACCCGGAGUAUCUCAUUGGUUAGGUGGGACUGUGGCAGCUGCAAACAAUGCUGUUGAUGGAAUACAACUUGGUUGUGAUUUUCGUUAUUUAUUGAAUUCUGACUUAUUGAAUGAAAUUCCUAAUGAUUUAACAGUUAAUUCGGUUGAUCAAUACAAAUCAUCAGUAAAAUCAAAAAGUUCACUUGGAAUUGGAAAUUGUGCUUUAUAUACUGGAACAUCUAUGCAGUAUGUUUCUGUAGAUCCUUGUCAUAGUCAAGAAGAAGGUGCAUGUCUUGCUGGAUUCAGUGCAGAUGUAAAAGCAGGUAAUCAAUCCGGUGAAGCAUUAGUUGCUUUAGGAAUGCCUGGAAGUUAUUUAACUGAGGGAAAUAUCUUUCUAGGUCGUUAUCGUGGUCGUGAAUUAAUCAAUGCAAUUCGAUUGAAAAGUUCAUCACAUGAUUUAAAGCAUAAGGGUUUUGGUUUAGGAUAUGCUAUUGCUUUAGCCAAAUUAAAUAAUAAUAAUAACGAACUUAGUGGACAAAACAAACAUAUACAAUCAGAUGAUCAGCAACAUUUUCAGUCAAAUAUUAACAUCAUUACAUCAAGUCCAAUGUGGAUUGAUAAUGAAUAUCGUGGAAUUAUUAUGAUAUUAAAUCAAGCUAUGGAUUUAGGUGGAAUAACUUAUUUGAAAGAUAAAUGGAGUCAUGUUGGAAGUUAUUUUGGAUAUAGUCUUGCUGUCGCAGAUCUUGAUGGAAAUGGUCUAGUUGAUAUUAUUGUUGGUGCACCAUAUUUUACUCGACGCCAAAAUCAAGAAGGAUUACAAGAUACAAUAAAUUCAAAACAAUUUAAUCAUAAUGAAGGUAUCCAAUGGUCAAAUCUUCUACCUGACAUUGGAAGAGUUUAUAUCUUUUACGGAAAUCAUUUAAAUUUAUCUAAUUUACUUAGUGACUCUAAGCAAAGACCAGAAAUCCCAGAUUAUUUCACUCAAGAUCCUGUGAUUUUAGACGGACCAAAAUCCCCUAAAGGUCGAUUCGGUCAUGCCUUAACAAAUAUUGGUGAUAUGGAUGGUGAUGGAACUGAGGAUUUAGCUGUCAGUUGUCCUUAUUGUGCUGAUCCUGAUGGACGAACAGAUAAGGGAGCUGUUUUCAUUUAUUUAGGCAAGAAAGACUCCACACUGGAUACAGAACCUUUUCAGAGUAUAUGGCCUUCUGACUUACCUAAACGAUCUCCAGUAACAAUAUGUGGCAGUACUGAUUUCACCAGUGAUCAUGCAUCAGAAAGCCCACGUUUAUUCACAGCAUUUGGUUGGAGUUUAUCUGGUUCAUAUGAUUUAGACGGGAAUCAUGCACCUGAUCUUGUAGUUGGAGAUUAUGAAAGUGAUCAAGUCGUAAUGCUUCGAGGACGUAACACUUUAUGGUUUGAUUCACCAAUUUGGGAACUCCCAACACAACCAACCUUAUCAUGGCGAUAUAAAGAUACUUUAACCUGUGAUGAACAGUGCUAUUUUCCAAUUCAAUUAUCUGCUCGAAUUAAUGGUAAGCAACAUUUAUUGAAACAAAUUAAAGAUUGGAAACUUCGACUAUUGAUUAAUUUGGAUUCAGAUGUUGAACAGCCUGAAAAUAAACGUCUCGCCAUACAAACAACACGAAAACAAAUGAUUUAUCAGUCAACUGAUAAAGGAAUUAUUGAUAUGCUUGUGGAAUUGAAAACGGAUGAAUUCAUAGAAGAAAACUCUAGUCGGAUAACUUUAUUUGAUUUUAUUGUUAAACCUUUAACCUCGAAAAUAAAUGCACUUUUAUGGAAACCUGUACGUAUUAAUGUAACACUAGACCCUGUACAUGAGCCAAUGUCCUUUGUUGAACACAAAUCAAUAUCAUCAUGGAUAUUGCAUCCAUUCUUGGGCAGUCGAAAUUUUAUUAGUCGUUCAAUGCAAUUUGCCAAUCCAGCCUGUGGCGUUGAUAAUAUAUGUCGACCUGAUUUACAAGUUCAAAUGAUCGAUAUCUCUGAAGGUCCAACUGAUAAAUCAAUUAUUUAUUUUAGAGAGCGUGUUAGUCAAAGAAAUAUUACUGUUCAUAUUGGGAAUUUAGGUGAAAAUGCUUAUUCUACUCAAUUACACAUGAUAUUUCCUGAUCAAUUGAGUUUUAGUAUACCAGGAGGUUUAUCAUGUCAAACUGUGACAUUGAAUGAUUUGAAACAAACUCAAUUAAUUUGUAAUUUAGAUGAUCCAUUGAGUUAUACAGGAAAUGAUCAUUUUUAUUCAUUCACUUUUCAAAUAAAUACAGCUGGAGCAUUUAGACAAUUAGAUGAACCAAUAAACGAUCAACCAGAAAAUAUUUCAGAUCAUGAUCCUUUAGAAAAACUAUAUUCACAUAAUUCUAAUGAUGAUAUGAAAAAACUUGAUUCAUUAUCAAAAAUGAUCCAUAAACCAAACCAUAAAGAUGAUAAUGAAAUGAGAACGGAUGAUUUUUUCAUACAUUCAUCGUCAUUAAGGGGAGAUAAUAAUAAUAAUGAUGAUGAAUAUGAGGAAUUACACGUUAAACCUAUAUACCAUUCAUAUCAAUUUAAACGGAAUAAACGUAAUACUUUGUCAAUUCCUAAAGAUUUAACAAUAACAGCUGAAGUGAUAAGUGGAAAUACAGAUGACAAUACAAAUAAUAAUAAAGCAAGUAUUACUUAUCAAUUAAAAUUGGCUGCUAAAGUUGAACUUUCAUCAUCUGCGUUGGAUCGUACAAUUAUUGAUUUUCGGAAUUUUUCUGUACAACCAUAUGAGAUGCAAAGAAUUCAUCCAGAAACAAUUGGUCCAGAAUUGAAACAUAUUUAUCUUGUUACAAAUGCUGGCCCAUCACCAUUGGAAAACUUUUGGGUUAAUUUAACAAUUCCUGUACAAACAAGAGAUGGUGAAUAUUUAGUUUAUCUAUUAGAUCGACUUAGAUAUCAGGCAGAAGAUGGUGGACCUCCACGUUUUGAAAAUAUAUCGCCAGAUGUUGUUAGCACAGAAGGUCAUGUACGCGGAUUAUGUAUAACACCUGAAUGGGCAUUGAAUCCUUUACGUUUAAAUGCAGUUCAUCGUAAUCGUGUAGACGACUUUCCUAAAUCACGAUCAUUAAGUCGAAGUUUUCGAUCACAACUCUCCAUAACAAAAUAUCGACGUUCGGUGAAUAGGAAAAUAAAAAAUAAGGAAUUAUUUUACCUAAAUGAUAAACACAAUUUCAUUGACGAUAAUCAACCAAUUAAUUCAAAAGAUACAAUUAGAAACGCUAGGUCAAUUUUACAUGGUGUAAGAAAACGUCAACAAGAAAUUAUCAAAUGUGGUGAAAAAUUUUCUGAUUUGGGAUAUCCGGUUUGUGCAGUUAUAACAUGUCGUGUGAAUGGAUUAUCACGUGGUGAUGCUGUACGUAUUGUUUUACGAGGUUGGAUAUGGGCUGAUACAUUUUUUCGUUAUAAAAUAUCUGACUUUGCAAUUGUCAGUGAAGCGAAUGCUAAACUUGAAGAAACUGCUUUUGGUAUAAAAAUUGACAGUAAUUUAACUAUACAACCAUUAGCUAUAUCACAGAAUUUUGUUUUUGAAGGUAUUAAUGUAUCAUUAUUUCGUGAAAUUCCAUUAUGGCCAUUUAUACUUGGCAGUGUAUUGGGUUUAGCGUUAUUAGCAUUAUUAAUAUUUACAAUGUGGAGAUGUGGUUUCUUUCAUAGAAAACAGAUCUAUGAUAACCAACUUCAACAAUAUCCACAUAAUAAUAACAAUAUUAAUAGUAAUGGAAACAGUAUUAAUCCAAUAUUUAUUGAACCGAGAAAAAUUUAAUAAGAUCAAUAUUAAAAAAAUAGGAACAAUAGAAUCAAACAGUGUUAUUCGUCUUCUGUAUUGUUAAUAGCCUUGUGACAUAUAUAUAUAUAUAUAUAUAUAUUCUGCUUUUAGUUUUUACAUGUACAGUAUGUUCAGCAUUUAAGAAAAAUAGUUUAAUUUCUAUUUUUUGGGUUCUUUCACUGUUAUUCCUGGAAAAUUUAAUUGUACUUCAUUUUAUCUAUGCUUAAACUUAUCUAGAUUUAAACAUAAUAUUAUGUAACCAAAGAACGUGAAUACAUGUAAUUUAAUGUGUCCUGUUUAAAUAUUGCAGCAAACAUUGUCAUAUGUGUAUAUUAAUAUAAGUGUAAGAGUUUAUUUUUUAAAACAAAAUGUAAAUUAUGAUUUAUACCUUGGAAAUUUAUUUCAUUAUAAUAAACUACAAAAAUACCAAAUUCCUUUUUAUUCAUUGUCUUCUCGUUUUUAUUAUUAUAAUCAUUAUUACUUAUUAUAUAGAAAAACAUGACGUUUGAAAUAUAUCUUUUGUUUUUUUAUAAGAAAAAGUUCAAUAUUCAAUGUUAUUAAAUUUCCUAUUUGUUUGUAUUUAACAAAAUUGGAGUAAUUCUUCUUUAAAUUUGUCAACUAUGGUUACAAUAAACAAUUGUUUAUACAUAAACAAAAAUAUAUUGUUAUUUUUGUUGUUGUUUUGAUGUCACUAUGUAUAAAAUAUGGUUACACACUUUAUACUUCCUUCAUCUUAUACUUCUCAUUUUCACCUUUUUUUUCUCGUUUAUACUUGAUUACCGAAAGUGCAUUGAAUUUGAAUUAUUGAAAAUAAAAUGUAAUAAACUAUUUCAGAUUAAUUUUGUAAUAUUUUUUACAGAAAUAAAAAAAUUGUAAAAUACAAUUUUAUCCAGUUGAUGACAAUUAUGAAACAUGUAUCAUAGUUGAUUUGAACGAAACCAAUGAUAAUAGUUAUUAUUAUUAUUAUUAUUAGUAAUAGUACUGUGUGAAUAUCAAUUAAGAAUCAGUUUUCUAUUGUUCUAUACAAUUCAAUUCGUUAUUUGCUUUUAUCCUAUUCAUUUAUAAAUUAAAUACAGUUAUCAAACUGUAGAUUUAAAUAUAAUGUCUGUAUGAGAAUUUUUCUUCUCGUUUAAUCAUGAAUAUUAAAUAGACAACAAUUGAACAUAAUUAAGAAUUAUGUAAUUGAUUACAAUUUAGGGAUUUAUUGAUGGCUUGCUUUAUAAAUUAUGGUCAAAUAUCUUCAUAUUACCUCUCUUUAUACGUGAUUUAUAUGUCUUAGUUACUUUUUUUUCUAUUCAUAUUAUAAAAGUACUGAAAUUGUUUUAUGUAAACCUUUUUGUCAUCAAAUCUAAAUAUUAACUAACUAAUUGUAUUUCUAAAAUUCAUUUUUGUACAUCAUUUAAAAGUAAAUUUGUCAUAAAAAGUCUAAUUUGUUCAUUGUAACAUUCUUUUUUCAUCAACUAAAGACUUUUUUUAUAUUUUCCAUAUAAACACAUUUCUAUUUAGUGGUUA